AUGGGACAAACUCCUAGUGCUUCUUUACCAAGUUACCACUCUGGCACCACGGAUAGUGAUAUUUCUGAGGUUGAUGCCGGCUUUUAUACGGUUAUUCAAACUGAAAAGGAUUUGAUAUUGUAUUUUUCCAAAAGAAUAAAUAACCUACUUAAACCAGUGGAGCUAUUUUCUUUUAAUCAGAAAUUUCUAAAGCUAAAAGAAACCAAAGAUAUAGAUUGUAAACAAAUUUUUACUGAUAUUUUUUGCUUUCCUGAGAAUAUCGAUUCAAGAUUAAUAAAUUUAUUCAAUAGAGGUUUGCGUAGACUUUCCAUUUUUCCAUUAUUAAAUGAUAAACAUGAUGCUUUAAGCUCAAAACUAACACUUUUGGGAUGUCUAAUGUCAUGUUUUAUACUUUCUUCCCCUGAAAAUGCUAAACGACUAGUAAAUAAUCCACAUUACAACUAUAUAAAACUAAUAUUUAUUUUUUUGUCAACACCUUCAAAAAAAAACAAUACUAGUGACAAAGAAAAAGGGGAAGAAGAAAAUACUGAAACUUCUAAAAAUACUGUGAAAGAUUUGCUUGCUACAUUUGAUGGUGUGACUUUGCAAGACCGUUACUUAGUUAGCGGAACAGACAUGUUGUUGUUUUUGACGUUAGUAACUUCUAUUUCGCAUUAUACUUUAUUGAAACAUAAGCUUAAUCCACAGUACAUAGCAAAUAAAUGGAACAGUUAUCAAAGGAAACCUGCGUUAAACUUGUUAAGAACAAUGAAUAAUGAAAUUGAUGUUACCAAUAUAAGAGAUAUGUAUAUAACUUAUGAGCAAUUUGAAACAGCAAUAUCGACAACAAUGCCAAAUUUAUUGAAACCCUUGAAUAAUUUAUUUUUAAGUCUAUUUGAAGAUUGGGAAGUAGAUGACCCUAAUCAUACGUUUGCUGAGUCUAAGUUGAUGACUUUGGAAUUGAGAUCGCAAAUAGCUACAUAUGUUCCACCAGAAAGUAUAUAUGCAUCAUUACAAAAAUUAUACGUAGGUAGGGAGGUUGGGUUUUCCAUGAGGUCCUUUCAAUCCAAGGUUUUUAAUUGGAACGCACCCACAGUAAUUUUAAUUCAUGGUUCUGUACUAAACAAUUCCGAGAAUGAUGACGUAAAAAAUGAUAAACCAGCUAAUGGUUUUACUGCUAAUAAAGCAAGAUAUGUCAAAUUUUUGGAAUCAUAUCCCAAGUUAAAAGCUAAUGUGGACUACAAAGGUAAUGGAUUAUACGUCAAAGGCACACAAGUUACCUUAGCAGUUUAUGUAAAUGAACCUUGGAAAGUUACAAAUAAAACCCUAUUUGGUGAUGGCCAAAGUAAAAUCACAGAGUUGGCACCAAUCCAAUUAAUACAUAAAUCUGUUACCGUAAAAAAUAGUAGUACUGAUUCAAAAAGUGUGAGUGGAAAUAUUUAUUUUAAUACUGUUGGUGGGGGUAUUGGGAUAGGUAACAAACUACAGCCACAUUUAAAGGGCACCACUUAUAAGAAAUAUCACCCAGGUAAUGUUUCCUUAACUAUAGAUUCAGCACUAGAAUUUGGGGCCUUUAGAAAUGUGGGCUAUGGUGGUCUAUUUGCGCCAGGCGACAGUUAUGACAACGAUUAUGAAUAUGUUUUUAUCAUUAAAGAUUUAGAAGUGUGGGGAUGUGGUGGUAAAGAACAAUUACAAGAACAAUUACAAGAAUGGGAAUGGGAAGAAAGGGAAGCAAAAAGAAGGCAGAGAAUUAAUUUAAAAAGUAUGGGCGAAGAUAGAGCCUUAUUGGAAAUGGCUGGUUUAAUUGGUCAGCAUAAUCAAAGCGGUGGUUCCAUUUAA